AUGUCAACAAACAAUUCAUGGGCAGACAGUCCACAUCCAUGGCGUAAUCCCGCCAUCAUCUUCUCGUCACUCCCAGAAUCCCUCAUCCUCGCCGACCUAAAACGCUCCUGGCACUUCCAGCGCGAAGCCCAAUUCCGCUGGAUGCAAAAAGUCAUCUGGACCUCGAUUGACCGCUUCCGCAUUGUCCUCCGCGACGUCGAAGGCACGGUCGGCGACAUAGCAAAGGAACUGUGCAACAAACCCACGGCAUUCUAUUGGCUUCAGUCAGCGCAAACAGGUGCACCCCACGCCCCCGAGAAGACGUGUAUGUCCGGCGGUGUCUUUGCUGCUAUAUACGAAGAAUGGCGUCGGAGCUGUGGCAAGCUGGAUAUCGAGUUUGGACAUUUUUUCGCUGCGCCUGUGAGAGUUGCGGGGACGGGUCCGGACAGCUUACCGCAGAUCUUGGAGGCGCAUUUGGAGCUUUGUGCGCAAGCACGGCGUGUCUCGUUGGAUAUGGAGAACUACUCCGUGCAUCCGCUUCUCCCUGCUGUUAUCCUCGUAUGCGACCGCCGUGACUCGACAGCUAGAUGUGGUUCAGACGGCUUCGUCAGUCUGCGCGAAGUAGCAAGGACGAAGACUGUGCUGGUUAUUCUCACCGGAGUAGCAAAUCGGACCAGCACCGGUAUCCACAUUUCUCUUGAUCCUCUCAAACCACUCGCUCUGCCCAUCGACAGAGACGAUGCCGCUGGCCUUGAUAUCCUGCGCGUGCCCCUGGAUAUCGCCGUCAGGUUUAUCAUCGAGUUGGAGGCCAGGAUCGAUGAGCAAAUGGAACCGAGCAGUGCAAACUUAGACAAGAGUCUCUGUCUGCACCAGACACCUGUUGGAUACAGUAGCGAUAUCAGGGUUUUACCCCAAUGUAUGGGCGAGGAUAAUGCGGGCAGAGGCGAUGAAGAUUGGGUUUAG